AUGAGUGACACUAAUUUUCUCUCUUUGGUUAAAAGCACUGGACUUAGAACAGAUGGACAGAUCGAUAGUAGAUCCUUCUGGAUUAAUUAUGUUUCCCCACUCUCUACUCCAUUGGCUAUCCCUCUGGUCUACCCAAGAUUGAUUGCAAUUCACGAACUUGAUACAAAGGAGGAUGGAGAUUCUCUUAUUCCUCAGUCUAUGCCACUUUCCAGUGAACACAUUAGUGACACUGGUAUCUAUCUUCUCGAGAACGGUGAGGACUGUUUGAUAUAUGUUGGGAACUCUGCAGAUCCUAAUGUUAUCCAUCAGCUGCUAGGCAUUUCAUCUGUUGAGGAAAUUCCUGCUCAGUUUGUUCUGCAGCAGCAAGACAAUCCACUUUCUAAGAAGCUCAAUGACAUCAUUAAUGAUAUUAGGCGCCAAAGGUGUAACUAUCUCCGCUUAAAAUUAUGCAAAAAGGGAGAUUCAUCAGGCAUGUUAUUUUUCUCGUACAUGGUAGAAGACAAGACACAAAAUGGACUUUCAUAUGUUGAGUUUCUAGUACAUAUCCAUCGACACAUUCAAAAUAAAAUGGCUUGAGAAAUAUCCAGUUUUGUUCAUGAAUUUUGAUUAUAGAGAAAGGGGUACAGAUGGUUUCAAUAUGAAGAGGUGCAGAUCAGCUUUCUAGGUGUGGCCGUGGCUUCAGGUCUCUCUUAGUUUUUCUGAGGUGUAGCACCUACUCAUAGGGGACAAACAAAAAGCAAUAGUGUUAUUUAUCAUGAUUAUUUUUCUUGACGUGAAAUUAAAAUGGAAUUAGUUUUAUUGACUAUAUUGGUAUGGUGUGAAAAAUGUGUUUCUAUUUAA